UACCCUAUCAGAGAUACAGGUGGCAUUGGCUGCUUGCUGCAGCUGGCAAUUGCAUUGGACCCUGAGGGAUGCCAAAGAAACUAGUUUCUUGACCCUGUUGCGGGCGGGGGCGAGAUGCUGGAACGUGGACACCUGUCGCCCACAUUGCGUUGAUCUCUCUUGCAAGAAGAGGGUACAUAAGUCCUCAGUAUAUUGAGUCGUGCUAAUAUAGUAUUCAUAAAUGAGAAUUUCAUAAAAGUACAUUCAUUGAAGGAGCCUCGAAGUUUAUGGCACGCAUAUUGAAGAAACAACACGUAGCUGUGUAGUGGCAUCUGCUAAAAAUGUGACAAAACUAAUGUUGCAACUGAAUUGGCUUAGCGAUGGAUACCGAUCCUGGAUUAAUUUGUUUUCAACACUGUGGAUCAAAAGUGUUCUGUUUCGACCUUCCCCCAGAGUGUCCCACGUGUAAUAAAUAUCUUACUAAUGAACGUUUCCAAAUUCCUCCAUUCAGGGUUCCGUAUCCGUUUGUACGUGCUUCACAGCAUCCAUGUAGUAUUGUCAUAAGGCCCACAGUCGGUGAUUUUCUUAAUGAUUAUUUGAACUCAAUGGACUUGCAUAUUGGUAUUACCAACUCUGAUGGUGACGUUGUCGAAUUUGAUAAAGAUGGUUUACGUCAACAAGGAUCAGAUAUGUGGGAACAAUGCCUCUCUGUACCUGGUGUUUCUGGUCCUUGGACUGAACAUUGGGACGCCACUUUACAAGAUUUGAUAAAGGAGGGUCACUGGAUUGCCAGCAGGUACGAUGAAAGACAUUUAAAUUGUUAUGCGUUUGUUUUGGCAUUUCUUCAAAAAGUCCAGUGUGGAGAACUUAGUGAAGCCGCUGUUAGUCGUACAACUUUCUGUGAGAGAUUCAUUGUACCAAGAACUACUGCUGCAGGAAAGUAUAUCUCUUUGUAUCGCAAGUUAAAACAUUCUAAUUCAUAUGUGCAUCCAACAGUAUGGGAUUGGAUAUGAGCCUAAUAGAAAGAAUAGAAGUUUUUGUCUUAAUGUAUAUUUUAACUCCUAACAUAGUUCAAAGCUCCAUUGCUAACAUGCUAGAAAUUUUUACAAAAGCUUGCACCAGUUGGGAGAAAAAAGGCAUGGAGGAAAUUUGUAUAUAUAGGUUGUUCAGACUCUUACUGGAUCACUUUCUGUGAGAUGUGAUGUUAACUACUUCAAGAAUGAGAAACUGGAGCAUUUGGAUCUCUACAUUAUUUUUAAUGGUGGUAAAAUUAAAAUUCUCUGAAGGUAUUGAAGAUUUAUUCUUCCUUGCUGUGUUAUUUUGUGUGUAAUUUGUAAAUGUUUGUUUAUUUAAAAAUUAUAGGCAACAUUUUUUGAAGUAAUAAUAUUACAGAGUUUUAUUUUAUAGAGAUCAAUUGUUACUUCAGUCGUACUUUAAUUUAUCUGAAAAUUCCUUUAUUUAAUAUUGUUGGAUUUAUGUAUGUUGUAUUCAUGUAUAUAAUUUAUGGUUUUUAUGACAAAACUAUGUAUUUUGAAGAAGAUGAGAAUGUCUUUAUAGGUUUUUAUUAUACUUCCUGUCAUUGAGCUACUGUUAUAUAUUUUGUUUUUUCAUUCUUGUUUAUCUUUUCAAUCAGAGAAUGGGUUUUGUCAUGUCAGUUCUGCAUGUGUUGCAUGCAUUCGAGGCUAUCCAUUCCACAGUUCUCUUUUUAGUUUUCUAUAUGCUGUCAGUGUUUUCCAUACUGAGCCAUGUAAAAAAGUGUAUUCCAGAACAAUUUUAUGGGAACCAAACAGUUCAUUGUGCCACAUGUGGCAUGUACCAGUUACAUGCCAUGCCAUUUUAAUAGCAGCUGCAUUUAUUGCGAAAAUUGAGGGGAAGGAUGCCACCCUCCCCUCCCCUUCCCCUUGGGAGUUUGAUGACCUCUCCUGGAAAAGUAUUAAUUUGCCCCUGCUAGGGGCACAAUCCAUGUAUGAUUUCCUUAUAACCUUAUUUACUAUUUCUACAUUUUCUUCUAAUCAAGAAACCAAGAUUGCAGAAAUGCACAUCAUUUAUUUCACUUGCGUGUUGCCAGCCUUUUUAUGGUUGAGAGCUACUUCCAAAAUCGAAAAUUGGUAGAUUUCAAUUAUAUUUAGAAAUCUUAUUGCCAAUACGUUUAUAUAGAAAUUACAUUUUUUGUGAAAUUCAUAUAGACUUAACCUUUUUUAUUGUCAAAUUUCUUCAACAAUACAAUUAGUGCAAGUGUUAUAUAUGUCUGACAAUGUCCUCUUCGAAUAGCAAAUGAGUUCAGGCAAUAUCUUUUGACUAAAUCUUCGGUAGAAAAGUCUUCAAAACAACUACCUAUAGUUUGAAUUCUAUUACCUACAGUGUUUGAUAGUUUCAUUGAAUUGAUGACAAUUUGUUUCCUUUGUAAAGACUGCAAACAGACUGUCACCAGCAGCAUUGAAGGCCUCCUUUAUUAGUUCACCAGCCAUGUAAGACUUCUUCUUCUUACACAAUAGAUAACAAACUUUGCAUACAGCAAAUGUUGCAUUAGGGGACAUCCAUAAAUUACGUAAUGUUGAAGAGGGGGAAGGGGUCUGAGGCAGUGUUAUGCUGUGUUACAUAGGAGUAUGGGGGUAUUUGUUAAGUGUUACGUAACAUUGAUUUUUUUUAAAACAUUUUUCAACUUUUAAUUUUUUUGUUUUUGUUUUGCACUAAAACAUUAAAAUAUUCACUAAUUUUGUUUUAAAAACAUAAAUAAACUGAAGUUAUUAUUUGUAAAUUGUUACAAUAAAUGCAUAUAUUUUUAAACAUCUUGUUGAAUCUGUAAGAUUACAAAUAAAAUAUUCAAAAGUAUAUUUAUUUAUUUAAUGAAAUUAGCAGGUGAUACCCUUUACGUGUUCUAGAAUCCAUUUAAAUUGGUGCUGUAGACUUGCUCUUGAAUCAUCCACAACAGCGUGUGCAUAGCUUGUCAUCAACCAUUUCUCGCCCAACCAUUCAUAAUUUGCCCCAAUCUUAC